CAUUAAUUGGCCACGAUGGUCGCAGUCUCCCGCGCGGUCGUGGCAACGGCCGUCGCAUCGGCGCUCUCCACCGCGAUCGUUGUCUACUACGCGCUGCACCACGCAACGUCCAAGGCAGCAAAGGCGGAGCUCAAGGAUCUCGCCAAGAAGGAGCGCGACGGUCGCGUCCGGCUGCAGAUCGCCCUCGGCAGCGCCCAAGACAAGAUCAAGGCGCUCGAGGCCGCGCUGCAGUCGCACGGCGUAUCGCCCCAGGAGAUCCUUGAUCUAACGACGACCAAUGCCAAGCCCAAGCGCGGUGCGAAGAAGGAUGUCGUCGUGCCACUACUCACGGUGCAAACGAUCGGGACAAUCGCGUCGCCGUACUCGACGCGGAACGGAACGCCUCGGCAGCCGUCGCUCGUCACCACGUCGGUCGCCAAGCUGCAGCUGCACAAGCACAUUCCGCCUUCGGCCCUGCUCUCGCUCGCCGAGUUUAGCCACGUCUGGGUCGUCUUCCAUUUUCACCAAAACACCAAUGUGCACAAGCCGACGGCGCAGGUCAAGGCCACGAUCAAGCCGCCGCGGCUCAAUGGCGCCGCUGUCGGCGUCCUCGCGACCCGAUCGCCCCAUCGCCCGGCACCCAUCGGUCUCUCGCUCGCCAAGAUCAUCGCUGUCAACGCCGACGAAGGCUACGUGCUCUUCCAGGGCCUCGACCUUGUCCACGGCACCCCGGUCGUUGACAUCAAGCCGUACGUCGCCUUUAGCGAUACACCAUCCGACGCCUCCGCCCCGGCGUGGGUCGGCAAGGAGCACGCAGAUGGCGACGAGCCGCUCGCGAUCACGCACGUGUCGUUCGACGACGGCGCCGCCGACGCGAUUGCAAGCGCGUUCCAGGCCUGUCAAGCGACGCGGUCCAAGCUCUGCGCGAUCGACCUCUUCCCGACCCUCGAGUCGUUCGUGGCGUUUGUGCAGGAGAACCUGCGCCUCGACAUGCGCUCGACCCGGGAGCGCGUGGACCCCAAGUUUGACGACUACCGCGUCACGCUCUGCGAUAUUGUCAUUUCGUAUCGCAUGACGCAGCCCGGCCCUGGCGUCGCCAUUAUGGGCGCCAACGUCGUCACGGAUGCGACGGCGCAGCCCCGAAAUGAAUGAAACAACACACUGCAAGUUGCCGUGAUGAUGCAUCGCUGGAAUCAUUUUGCCUCGAGGC